AUGGAUGAGCAAGUGAUUUUUACCACCCAGAAUACUGGUACUGUUUGUAAUGUGCAUUCUUUGGAGCAGACUAGUUUGAGACAGCUUACCGUUGGUUCCGCCCAUAGCGCUGUGCAGAUUGGUGAAAGAUACCUUUUGGUAGCACAGUCUCAAAAGGCAUUGAUAAAUGUUUAUGAUAUCUCUGGUGAUCACAAGAGGGAAUCUGUGGAACAAAGAAUACCUUUGCCUGAAGUUGUAUGCUGUUUGGAGACUGUGCAAAAUCUGCAAGAUUCACCACAGGCGGCAGAUUUAUCGCUACCUUGGUUAUUGCUAGCCUCCACCCCAUCAGGUAAACUGUAUGUGUGGGAGAUGAAUUCUGGUUUCUUGCUCAGAGUUAAGCAGAUGGCACAUUACCAAUCAAUUACCAAGAUUCAAUCGAUUUGCAAUGGUAAAUAUGUGGUUACGAGUGGUGAAGAUUCAAGAGUCAUCAUUUGGCAAACUACCGAUUUAGUAUGUGAAGAAGAACCUAAACCGGUUUGCAUUUUACAUGAUCAUACUUUAAGUGUCACAGAUUUUGCAGUCUCCAGUACUUGUGGCGAUUCUAAUGUUAGAUUAUUCACGGCUUCUCAAGAUGCUACUUUAAGGUGUUAUUCAUUGAACUUAAGCCGUUCAGUGGAACCAAAACAGUUGGCAACAUUUACGUGCCCGUACCCAAUCCAAUGCCUAGCACUAGAUCCAGCCGAUCGAGCCUGUUACGUAGGUACUUCUCAGGGUGUUUUUAACUUAUCACUUUAUUACAGAAUCAGUGGUGAUAAAAUAUCAAACCUAAUUCAAGAGACCUCAACGAAUAAACUCUUUUCUCUAGUUCCUGAACCCCAAGAGAGUAGAGACAAGCUUUAUUCUAGAGGGUCUUUACAAGUGGAUAAAAUUGUUGAAGCUAAUGCAACCAGGUUAGAGGUGUCCCUGGAUGGAUCCUUACUCAUUGUUGGUGAUAAUGAUGGCCAUGUGGCUAUCACAGAAAUCUUCUCCAAACAAGUUUUGAGAACCAUACAACCAUUGACUACAGCCGCCUCGAACGGUGCUGUGACUAAUUUGUUAAUAGCUACUCAAUGGAAAUCAUCAUCGCAGCCUAGCCUUACGCAACGACACAACUUUUCCAAGAUUCCUGCAUUGCAGAGAAACAUCCAUGACAAAAGAGAUCUACACGAAUUGUGGUUCCAAAUCGGUCAACAACCUCAAUCGAAUCCACCACAAUCCAAUUUCGAGGAAUACUUGAACCAAGUACAGGCAGAACAAAUGCUAUGGUCUCAAUCUUCCACAACACCAAAACCAUCGGCAGCGCCAAUUCCUACCGCAGCUACCUCUGCUACGGUAACUGCGGAUGAAGACAGCAAGGACCAAGAAAUUGCACAAUUGAGAGAAAAUUUAACUACUCUCAAGGGAGCCUAUGCUGAACUCAGAUCUAUGCAUCAGACUCUACUAGAAGAUCGUCAAUAA